UGCGGGAUUGCAGGAAAAAACACCGAAACGCAACUGGCAAGUCGACCGCUCUGGCGCCAUGACAGACGCGGAGGAACCAGUUUCUACGCAAGCACCCGAGACAAAGACUGAUGAGUCGAACAAGGGCGAUUCGGCCUAUGCCAAGCAGCAGCAUGGUGCGUUCAGGGUGGUGUCGAAAGCGGUUCGCCGAGAGCAGUUCGCGGGACGCAAUCUAGGCGAACGGUCUUGGACGAACUGGAUGACCGACCCCCAUGUGUGGUAUCGUCACCCAAUCUUGCGGAUGCUGAUCCCAUUCGUGAUCACGGGGCUGGACCUAUACAUGUAUGUGGAGGAUCCGCUGAACGAUGCCCACGUGCCAUACAAUGUGCCCUUCCAGGGCCAUGCUUUGGGUCUCAUGGCCUUUUGGGCCGCACCGACGGGUGGGCUUGCAAUGCUCAGGCUUGGACUCACGUUGAUCAGUUGGGUCCUUGCAGCCAUAGUGGGCAGGCAGUUUGUCGUAGGAGUGGUGUUGCGCCGCUGCGUGAGGCUUUCUUGCUUCCAGGGAGGCUCGGAGGGCACCUUGGUGGUGGUCUUUCUGCUGGCGGGGUGCUCCAUGUUUGCCUCUGCCUUGUUCUACAACCUGGUGGUGACGGGCGACCGGCUGGAUGGCACCAGCAAUGACAUAUUCCUGAUCUUUGGUGCGCAAAGCGAACAGUACCGCCAUGUGAACCAGUGCUGGCAGGCCUUAUCUCUGCUGGUCGAUUUGCUCACCAUCCUGACCGUCUGGGACGUUUGCCUGCAGGAUGAGGUGCGAUACCCGCACUUCCUGCCGAAGAUCAAAGAGGUCUGGAUCAGGAGCUAUGACGGUUGGGUUCGAGUCCUUUUCGCCUGGAUUUGCUUUAUGCUUGGCGCGGUGCCCAUCAUCUGGACCGUCUUUCUCACGGGACCUGGCCAGGGACAGAUCUCAGCACCGGCGAUCUUCGGGGGCUCCGAUGAGGUGGUUCGGAACGUCUGCGCGGGGGUCCUGGUCUUCGUCGACUUGUUGGUCACGGUCCAGGACUGGGACUUCCCGACCUUUGAAGAGCCCUUGGAAAUCCAGGUCCCAACCAAGGUUUUGGGCACCUUCCACGACCGAUUGAAGAUCACUUGGAUGGCACGGUUACUGAAACUGAUUCCGCAGCCUUCCUGGAGCUGCUGGAAACGCUUGUGCCAGUACCUGCCAGGGCCCGAGUUUUUUCAAGUUUCAAUCCGUGGGAAGUGGCUACAGUAUGGGCCUCUCUGUUGUGUGAUGUUUAUCGACCUGGCCUAUUCUCGAACACAGCUCAUCUACGACCCAAGCUACUAUGGGCAGUACGUGGAUCUCCGAGACUCCUUCAUCUGGUCCAUCACUGAUCAGGCAACCUUGGAGACUGCCUACGAGGGUGGAUAUCUCAAGGAGAACGCGUCCCACCUGAUCUCCUUCGAAGCGAGAUGGAACACCACCAGCUAUGAGCCUUUCCCCUUUGCCCUGACAGAUGUGAAGGGCAAUUCACGCUUCAUGAACUCUGGGAUGAAGUACUUAGCGCUUUGGAUCAGCACGUCUGCCUUGGUCUCCUUCGCCUGUUGCCUCUGCACCGCCGAUUGGCGGAGGGCGAGGCUGUUGCAAGAGAUUAAGCGGGAGGAAGAGCAGGGGACUAGACGAGGGGCAUCUGAGGAGAGCGGCGAUGUGUCGGGCCCUGUGGGCCUUACGGCUGCGCCCUCGCCACAGUCGGAGGCCUCCUCCCUGCACGCAGAGAUCAUCUGAGACCCGAGAUCGCCUUCGAUCGGCACUGGGCGCUUCAGUAGACUUUCUCUGAGGUGGGCCGAGGGAUCUCGAUUUGUCGCCACGUUGGCCAAACCCGGGUUCUUCGAAAGAAGAACCAUUACGGCAAGAGCAUGGCUGCCAGGUUUUCUUUGGUCCUUUGGAGGGUCCCAGAUGCUACUGGUUUGGAGGACUUCCCUGACUGCUUGGAGUUCAACGAAUGCAGUUGAUCAUCUCCGAGGUUGUCCAGGCAACGUGUUUUCACUGGUCCACAAGACCUGGG